GGUGUUAAAUAGUGAACAAACAAAGUUUAGUGAAGAAUGUAGUAAACUACAACAUGAAACACAUGAAAAAUGGAUGGAAGUGAAGCGCUUAGGUCGAGAACUUGAUGGAGCGCGAAAAGAAUGUGAAGGUCUUCGAAGACAAAUAACUAAAUAUGGUAACAGUGAACGUUCAUCACAACAUCUAACUAAUACUGGUAGUCGAGCAUCGAGUGAACCAGGAACAAAUGGAAAUACUCCAGCAUCUCCAAAUCAACAAGAGACAAAAUCAACUGAUCAAAGUAUCAGUUUAAAUAGUACUAGUCCGGUCAAUACAUUUAGAGCUGAACCACCUCUAUUUAUGUUGUCUAGACCACAUUUCCGUCCACCGCCGUUUUUACCUCCCUUGAUAUGCAAUCGAUUCAUAUCAUCUGCUAGAUAUCCGAUACCAUUCAAUGGUUUACAACAAGCAACAGUUAACAAUGACGUUUUAUCUACUAAUAAAAAUAAAACAUAA